AUGGUCGUCUUAGCCGCAUCUAUUUGUACUCGAGGUGGGAAAGCUGUCCUCUCGAGGCAAUUCCGGGAGAUGCCCAGAUCGCGAAUCGAAGCCCUCCUAGCAUCUUUUCCUAAGCUUGCCGAUUCGGGCACUCAGCACACCACAGUUGAACAGGACAAUGUUCGAUUUGUCUACCAACCACUCGACGAGCUCUACAUGGUCCUCAUCACCAACCGCCAGUCCAACAUCUUACAGGAUAUCGAUUCCCUCCACCUGUUUGCGCAGGUAGUUACUAGCACAUGCAGAAGCUUAGAUGAGAGGGAGAUAUUGAAGAAUGCCUAUGAACUACUCAGCGCCUUUGACGAGUUGGUUUCUCUCGGCUAUAGGGAAAACCUCACCAUCAGUCAGAUCAAGACUUUCUUGGAGAUGGAGAGUCACGAAGAGCGCAUCCAGGAGAUUAUUGCGCGAAACAAGGAAUUGGAAGCAACCGAGGAGCGCAAACGAAAGGCCAAACAGCUGGAGUUGCAACGAAAGGAGUCUGCGAGGAUGGGUCGUCCUGGUGCACCUCGAACCCCAGUAUACCCAACUUAUACACCACCUACGCGCCCCACGCCUGCAGAUACCUACGAUACCUACGAGGCUGAGAAGAACAAGACUCAUAAGACAACGGUUAUGAAAGGCAAGGGAAUGCAGUUGGGUAAGAAGUCUAAGACUACAGACAUGUUUGAACGUGUCCGAGGAGACAUGGGAGCCGAAGUAGACGAUUCACCCCUGGUGCCCAUCGCUCCCGCCCCGGCUGCCGAGCCUGCAGCUCCACGAAUGUCUUCAACCCUAGACCGCGAUGCGAUCCACGUCACUAUCAACGAGUCUAUCGGUGCCAAACUAUCGAGGGAGGGUUCUCUAAACUCCCUAGCCGUUACCGGCGAUCUAAGUUUAAGAAUCUCGGAUCCCAGCUUGACCAAGAUCAAGCUCAACCUUACGGCAAACGCCUCUCAUGGCGUCCAGUUCCGUACACAUCCCAACGUCGAUCGUGGCCUAUUUACGAGCUCCAAGACUAUCCAGAUGAGCAACGCCGCACGUGGUUUCCCAGUCAACAAUUCUGUUGGAGUGUUAAGGUGGCGAGCUACGCCAAAGACGGACGACACCAGCGCUCUGCCUAUUAGUUUUACCGUCUGGGUGAACAAGGGCUCGUCUGGAAACUAUACGAUAACAGUCGAGUAUGAGCUUACUGGAAGUGACGCCCUGAAGGAUGUUACCGUUGUCAUUCCGUACGUUACUAGCGAACCAUCCGUGUCUAGUUUCGAUGCCACCUACGAAGUAUCUGGCGACAGUCUCGAAUGGACUAUCGGAACCGUCAGCGACGACAAUCCUAACGGCUCAUUUGAAUUCGAUGCUCAGGCGGAUGACGAGAACGAGUUUUUCCCUAUGCAAGUACGAUUCUCCAAGACGACACCGUUCAUCGAUGUUGAUGUUACGUCAGUUUCAUUGGUGGAAGAGAAUGAAGAAGUGACUUUCUCUAAAGAUAUUAGGUCGGUGGCCGAAUCCUAUUUGGUCGAGUAA